AUGGCCUUAGGUAACGCCUUGUACCUGCUGACUGCUACGGUGCUUCUCUCUAACAUCGAUUUGACAACGUGCUCCAACGAGAACAGCAAGUUUCUGGUGAAUAGCAGACUAGAAGUUAACGUUAAGUCCUUAUUGAGUGAAAUUUGCGGCACCAACUCGUCCUUGCUCAGUAUCGGUGUGAAGUCGCUCAGUAACGAGUACAGCGAUCGUACGGUCGAGAAUCUGUGUGGUAAUGAAACAACCGAAGUGCUACUAUGGAUACCAGUGGGAAACUUUGGCAAUCUAGCCGAGUUAGGAUCUUCCAGUCGCUACCUAGGCAAAGGCGCUGGGGACGAAGAUUUCGCCGAAUAUUGCAGUUAUGACGUAACGACUAAAUCGUGUGCUACUGAUAGCGGUGCAGUGGAAGGAUCAAUUCUGCUGCUGGCCGAGAAGUUCCCGGAGCGAUACGAACUGCGUGAUUUGGUGUACAAAAAAUGGAAAAACUCCACCCAUCUUGGUACACCGAUUUUAGCCUAUGCAACUUUAAAAAACCGCGAACCAGCAUACAAGUACGUCGAUCAGGAUAUUUCUUAUCUGGCGGAUACACGUAUAGAGUACGUCCUACCGUCGACCGUGACGCAUGGCGUGAAGCUGUCAGUGUUCCGCGGUAAAACGGAAACCUACAAGCUAGUCGCAGGGGAGACAUACUACAGCAGAGUUUUUAAGACCAUUAAUGCCAUUCGUUACAUGAGCCCUUAUUCCACUAUUAACAUUACCGUCGUAGGGUCAGAAGGACGGGACUAUCGCGAAUUCCGCGCCAAACUGGUCACCGUCUACACUGACGAGGAAGGUUACGGUUGGUCGAAAUCUUUAUUGUCGAUUGAAGCUGCGAUGAUUGAAACCAAGCUUACAGAGACACACGUAGAAUAUGCUCUGCCGGUUAACUUAUACGAUUCUCAGCCACCCGCCUUACCGUCAGUACUGCCCAUCGUCAACGAAGGCAAUAGCAUUGUGGACAAGGGUAUCGUGGCGAAGCCAGAAAACAUUCACAUUCAUAUCAGCGAAUUGGACUUCGGGCAAGCGUAUCCUGGAUUCCGCAGUGUAGCCAUUGGCGCUGCAGUUUUAUUUUUCUCCGUCCUUGGAGUUGCGAUCAUCGAUAUCAUUAGACGAGUUAUUGCAAACCGUCGCGCAAAACGAUUGCAUCUCGGCAAGUACAGUCGAACGUAA